UUUAGUAUUGUUUAUUUGUCAGACAUUUUAUGAAAUGGAUGGUCUUACAGUUUGAAUGCAACAUGGUGCAAUAUUGCGAUGUCCAAAGCCAUAAUCUGUGCAUCAGAUGUCACCUUGCUUGCUAAACCAAAAUAGACUUUAACGGUCACUAAAUAGCGUCUCAAAUGUUUCAUUUAUAUAGUUCGUAAUUUAAAUACAAUGACAGCUGACUGAUUCAUGUUGUUGACAGUUUUGUGAAAAUAGUUGCUAUGGCGGCAUUUUCGUUUUUCCUGUAAUAUUUUCCAGUUAAUGUGAUAUUCCACAAUUAAAGCUAUUCUAGAUGAAGUUAAAAUUAAGAAUUCGUCGAUAAAAAUCCAUGACAAUGAAGAAAUUUCGUGAUGGAAACUUAAUUCUUCGCUAAAUUUUUAUGGCAUCAAAAGUUUAUCUUCCGUUUUGUUUUGGUUGAUAAAACCAUCUAUUGAAUAAUGAAUGGUCUAAAAAAAGAGGGAUUUAAGCGUGAUAUGUGUAAAAGUCACUCUGCCCGGUCAGAUCGAGAGUUAUACAGAGUAUGCCCGUCUAAGCUAAGUAAGAAAGAACUGGAGGAUCUCUACUUCACUCUGUUGGAGAACAACUUGGAACUAAAGCGAACAGUCACCGGGCAGCAAGAGCAGAUCAAAGUAUUGUCUACUCGAGUGCAGAGAAUGACCGCUGCCAACAAGAACAAUGUGGCCAAAGAAAAAGACUGUUGUACUUACACAAAGUCAAUGGUCAACGAACAGAAAGAAUCGAUAGCAGACCUGAAAAGAGCAAAUGAAAGAUUAUCCGAGAGGAUUCGUGUGCUGAACAUGAGGCUGUGCUCGGCCAAACAGUUCCUCCGCCGAAGCCCUGCCACCUCUGUCUCUCGUUGUACUAAGUGCUCUGCGCCACCAGCAUCUCUGAAAAAUUCAUCUGUGAGUGUAUUAAAUGCAAGGAUAAGUGACAGCAAUGUGAAAACAGCAGUAUCCACCCGUUUUGUUGAUAAGGAUCCUUUGUUAUCAACGAGGACGGUGGAGACUGAAACUGAAGAACCAGAAAAAGAGAACCCUGAGACGUUAUGUAAUGAGAAUAGAUGUCGAAGUCUUAUGGAAGAGUUGAAACAAAAAAUCGUCGAUUUACAAGAGGAACUCUCCAAGACUCACAACGAGUAUUCCACCCGCAUCGGCCGCCUCGAAGAUGAAGUGUCCGAACUGCGAGCGGCGAAUGAUCGCGAGCGAACACAGCGCGCCGCGAGCGACCACGAACUUAAGGCACGCGCGCAACAAGCUGAGCAGCUCGCGAGCCGGCUGAGGGACGCUGAAGCUAAGUGCGGCGAAGUGUCAACGGAGCUGUCGAUCGAGAAGAGAAAGGUGGCAGAAUUAGAAACACGCGUGCGUGCCGCCGACCGCGCCGCCGCCGUCUCCAAGACGCUGCAGGACCACCUCAACAGCUCCAGUCAAAUGAAGAAUGAAAUCGAAAAUGAAGAAACGGAGCCAAGAGGUUCGCCUUUCUACACUCCGCGAUGGGAGUCUUCACCUCGGCUAGAAGUGCCUCAGUUAGAAGUGCCCCAGCUAGAAGUGCCCAGUGAGACGGCCGGCCAGCCUUCGGAAGCGACUGACAAGCCUUCAGACAAGGACCAGUCCACGGAGAAGGCGGACCAGCACCGUCUGUCCAAGCUGUCCAACGAUUCGGGGUACAUCGACGCCUAUAAGAACCCUGUUGCGGCGGAUCAGAAGGUAUUUAUUUGCUUUUCAUAA